CGGAUUAUACCUGCCAAUCCGUUGACAGUUGCUGGAAUGGGAUCGUUCCGAUUUCAGUAAACUAACUGUCAAUCCACAUUAAAAGAGCCGAGUAAAAGCGGAUGAAUUUCGUAUAAAAGGUCCAAGUGUUUCUGAUGAACAGCACGUCCAGCAACUUGUCUCAGUUGUGACAUCCAAUACACUGCGGCUCCAACAUGUCCGGUCUUUUACUCCAGGUUCUUUGCUUGAUGUUUGUGUCUGCCUGUUUCGUCCGCGCCGAUUCAGCAGAUGAUGAAACUGACUCGAUCAUUGGUGGUACAACGGUGGUCAAAGGCCAGCACAAAUACAUGGCUCUCAUCCUGAAGAAGAAAGGCACAAAGACCACCAUGUGUGGCGGCUCUAUCCUCAGUUCCCAACACAUUCUGACUGCAGCUCACUGCUUCGAAGCAGCCGAUCUGCCUUAUGAUUCGAUCGACGUCCACGUCAACACCUACAACCACAGCCCGUUGGACUCGACCGUCAUCAGCCGUAAUGUUUUAGAUCAGACGAAAGACAUUCGAAAACAUGCGCUCUACGAUACAGACAAACGGACCGACGACAUUGCCAUUGUGAAGCUGAACAGGGCACUGACCGCCGCAGAGUUGGCCAAUGUCGCCAUUGUGUCGCGAUUGAACACGACGCUCACCUACGCCGGAUCGGUCGGAGUCGCCCUCGGUUGGGGUGUCACUAAAAGCGAUGCGGGGACGUUGGUUUCACGAUCGAUGCAGCAAGUGUCGCUGAAUAUCCAGGACGACGAUUUGUGUGACGCUUUGUGGGAAGCCAAAUACCUUCCCACCAGUCACCUAUGCACAUUCACUCCCAAGAAAGCCGUUUGUUGGGGAGAUGAUGGAGGCCCCAUUUUGGUCAACGGUGUCCAGGUCGGAAUCAGCAGCUUCAGCAAAGCCAAAAUGGCUGACGCAGCUACUGGCACGGCCCCCAUUUGUGAGAGAGGAUCGGUCUUCACUCGGGUCUCUACCUACGUCCGCAACGGAUGGAUUCAAGAGAAUCUGCUGGAUCCCAUCGACAUCAGCAUAUAAAUAAGCAAGUAAACCCGAAACCUUUUGUCCGAAAUUGACGCACGUUGACUUUAUAACAUGCGAUGCUAUUUGAAACCCUCUUGUGUGGUGAUUGGCAUAUAUAAUCCAUCCAUUAUCAUUUGCAUUUUUGCGCAUUUAGUCCAAAAAUGCCUAUGAUGAUGACAAUAUACUAAUUCAAUU